GAGUUAUGCUAUGUAAUGGAGAGAGCUUUCUUGAGUGAGUCUUCUUCUCGAAGCAGCAGCAACAAUACAAGGCUCCAUGAUCAUAGCGGGAGCUCUGUACGGCUCAGAGCAAACAGCAGGGCGGACAUACAUGUCCUAGAACAGCUGAAAGUACAGAGAAGAAACAUGACUCAAGUUUGCAAAAUGUGUGUCAAGAGCCUAGUAGAUAAAUCUCCUUUUGAGACCAUAACUGACGAUUGUCCUCACUUGAAUAAUCUCUGUAACGUAUUGGAACACAUCUUUUUACACAGAAUGCAAGCUCGCUGGUCAAUAUUCAGUACUACUGAUCCAGUCCAUUACUGGCAUAUCAUACAGCAGUAUGCUUCUUCUGUGACUGUUGGAUCUAUUGAUGACAUGGAAAAUGUAUCUACUGAAUUAGGAAAAUGUAGGGCGUGGCUUCGACUCUCUCUUGUUCAGAAGAGGUUGGCUACAUUCAUGGAUAUUCUCGUCAGUAAACAACAUGAACUGAAAGUGGCGUACAUGCAAGGUGCUUUAAUGAUAUCGGCUGAGCUUCAAGAAGUAGCCGGAGUUUUAAAGUGUCUUGAUGCAAUUGACUUCAAUCUUUGCCUAAGAGAUCAAGACUUUGAUUAUUAUGAUAAGCUAGAGAUAGACUAUAGUCCUUAUCUUGUCUUCCAUCAAAAUACUAGCAGCAGGAGAGAUGAUAGACAGGAGGAAAGGAGGCUGCUUUCAACAAGCAGCAGUAUUGACUCAAGAGGAAUUGAUGAGGAGAGGGAGGAAGAGAAAGAGGAAGAGGAAGAGGUUACAUCACUUAAGGAGCUACUGAAAGUGGAGAGAGAACAGAAAAAUUAUUAUGAAGAGCUGGUGUCUGUAAGAGAUACACAAAUCAACCAGCUCCAAAGAGAACUGGACAGCCUCGGGAGAGAGAGUGAGAAGGAGAAGAAGGAAAUGAGUGGCAUCAUCAUCGAACUACAAGAUCAAAUCUCAAAGUUACAAGAUAGCAUCAGACAGCAGCAGAAAGCAGGUAGGAGGACUAAUGACAACAGGAGAAGUGGACUAUUUUCUAGCAUUUUUAAAUCGGGAGACGAAGAUUGAGUAAAUGAUUGGGCACACAGAGAGAGAUUUAAUGACACAAGUAUAAUUAUCAAAUUAUUAUUAUUAUUAUUAUUAUUAUUAUUAUAAAUUGUGUAUAAUGGUUUUUGACAAAAUAAUUAUAAUUUGCUGUAAAAUGAGCUUCAGUAUGUGAGAAGCACCUGAUGUAAUGCAAUAA